GUUAUCUUGAAUCGGGGGAGAGCAGGUGGAGGGAAAAGGCCCCAUUAUGGGCUAGUUCAUCACCAUGCUACUCGAGUAGCUUUAUACCAAUUGUACGUUACCGUCCAUGACUUGUCUAAGUUGUUUCCACGCACAGCGAUGCUUCUUCCACUGCAAUGCACUGUACCUGAAUCGACUUCCCCUCGGUGUUUUCCAGAGUGGGUUAACUUCGCGGGCGCAGAUUCAAUAUUCUCUUUUCUUGGAGCAGAUGUUUUCCGAUGCUCCCUUAUGCCUUUGUUUUCGAUUCUGCAUCAGAACAGAUUCAUGCUGGGUUAUCCCCAUUCCCCGACAUGUAAGGAUAAAGCAGUCUGUUUUGGUGUACCUAUCUGCCUUCGGGCGGAAGUCGACCUGCAAGUGACAGCAAUCAUAGAUACAUUGGUAGCUGUACUUUCGACGGUACACACUCUCUCUUUGGGACGAUUCCAAUCUUGCCUACCUUAUCUAUUCAUGCCCUUCUGCUGGAGGACGGUCUCUGGCUACCUUUGGGGUUGUAUAGCACGCAGUCUUCUUCAGGCUGCCAACCUAUUGCCAAGACUAGGAGUUCUGGGUGAUUGCUAUGGUCAACGCUGCUUCAAAUUCACAAUACUUCGAUCACAUACAAUUCGCUUUUCAAGAGAAAGUCCACACGCUCUAACUGCCGGGUCACAUGACAAUAUUUGUACUGAGCGGUUAGUCAGCCGUUGCGAACUUGGCGGCGGUGAUCCAUGACGUCACUAUGGGCUGGUGCGCGGAACAAAUGCCGAAU